GAUCCUUUUUCAGUUCUUCCUCUUGAGAAAUACAUAUAAAAUCAUGGGUUUCUGUUUACCCAGAAUUAUUCAAGCCAGCAAGCAAAAUCUUCAAAGUACUUCAAGUAGUACUAGUUCAAGCCAAGCAGCGUCGAAGGGCAUAGAUGUUCCAAAAGGCUAUUUCCCAGUGUAUGUUGGGGAGAGCCAAAAGAAAAGGUUUGUGGUUCCAAUAUCUUACUUGAGCCAGCCUUCAUUCCAAGACUUACUAAUUCAAGCUGAGGAAGAAUAUGGAUAUAAUCAUCCUUUGGGUGCUCUCACAAUCCCCUGCAAAGAAGAUAUCUUCCUUGAUCUCACUUCUCGCCUAAGUGGAUCAUGA